AAACAUGGUACCUAGGAGAGUGCAACAGCACCACUGGAGGGAUGAUGUGGACAAAACCGGACUGGGAUAGAUUAAUGUAACUGGUUCACAUCUCACUUUCUUAUAUGAGCACAGUUGAACUGCCAAGCUGGUUUAGUUAGUUAGAUAGUCGGUCGGUUAGUUAGCUGGUUAGUCGGUUAAACGUUAGCAGCGGGGAACUCGGCCGCUCCACCUUAAGGCAGCAGGAAGUCGGGGGCGGUGUGAUGACAUCAUGGUGUUUGACCAUGUGUUACUGUGUGAUGUUUGGCAAGAGCCCUUCCCACUGCUCCCUGAUAAAAGGAGAUGUCGGCGCGCCGGAGCUCAUUCUCGAACCCGUGACGCAUUCGGGACAUGCGUUCAGAGCUGGAGUGCAGCGUCUGCUACCGGACAUACAACGUGGGCCCCCGGUGCCCCCGCGAGCUCCACUGCAGGCACACGUUCUGCGAGAGCUGCCUGUCCACGCUGGCGGCGCGCGGUGACGGGACACGGCGGCAGCUCUCCAUCGCCUGUCCGCUGUGCCGCCACCGCACGCCUCUCCCAGCAGGGGGCGCGGUGAGGCAGGCGCUCCGCGUGGACGAAGACGUCCUGAGCCAGAUGGUGGCGGCCGGGCUUCUCGAGGGGACCCCGCGUGAGGACAGCGACUCCGAGGACGGGGACGGAGGCGACGGGAAGACGGCGCGCACGGAGGCGGAGCCCGGGACCAGAACCGGAAAACUCUGGAAGUCCCUGAAGCGCCUCAGAGGGAGACUCGGCAGGGACGGCGGUCGCUCGGGUCAUCGGAGCGGGAGCCACCGCAUGACGGACCAAGACCUCAAAGACCUCGCCUUGAUGUCCUGCUACAUGAUGUGAGGGACUCUGUGGCGUACCUGGACCGGCGCGGUACCGCGCCGCCUGCGGACAGUAUUACCCUGGACACGGGGCCGGGAGGAGCAGCUGCGAUCACUUGUCCGCUCUCAAGCGUCCUCAACAUUAUGAGUAAUGUUCAUUGUGAGGGACGAUGUAAAGAAACUAUAACUGUAAUUUUUUAAGCUUUUUUUAAUGUUACCUGUUCGGUAUUUUGUCGCCACAGUGUGAGCUUUCUAUUUAUUAUGAAAUACCGUGUUUGUAUGUGUACUUUUUUCUAUUAAACGCAUUGACGUACCACGUUCUCUGAGGUA